AUGGGGCAGUUAGAAUCUAGAGAUAAUGCCCUUUAUGGGCAAAUGUUAAAGUCUAUGCUCAACAGUAAAGGAACUAAAGUUACUGACAAGCAAGUAGAAAAUUUUUUAAAAUUCAUUCAAGAAGUCUGCCCUUGGUUUCCUGAGGAAGGAACCGUUAACUUACAAACUUGGCAGAAAGUUGGAGAACAAAUGCGCAAUCAUUAUAAAGCCUUUGGGCCAAAUAAGACCCCGAUUGAUGCAUUUUCUUUAUGGAGUUCAAUACGGGACUGUUUAGAUCCCAGGUAUGAACAUAAUCAACCAUCUCUUAAGCCAGGAAAAAAAGAGAAGCAGUGUACUGGCACAAAAAAGGGGUCUGAAAAAGACAGCAUAUUAAAAAAGAGUAAUGUAAAUUUUAAAGACAAAUUAAAUCCUCAAGAUGAGGAGGAUCUUGAGGAAGCUACUGCUCUUUGUCAUGAUGAUGAUACAGGUGUUGUUCAGGCAAAAGAGGAGGAAGAUUAUUUUUCUGCUGGAACUGAAGAGGGUAGUGAUAUAGAAGAUGUGUUAGAACAAUUUUUAGAAGCAUUAAAGCGUCUUGGCAAGAAAAAGAGAAGCCGUGGGGGCAGUCCCCGCCGCUCUCCGCUGCCCUGUGCAGCGCCAGUUCCACUCUCCCCUCUCCAGAUGGCUUUGCAGGAGGCACGAAAGGCGGGUGAGGAUUUGGGCAUUCACGCCUUCCCCGUUAUGGAACGGGUGAACCCUAACACAGGACAGCGUGAGCGUACUUAUGACCCACUUCCUUUUAAAACCCUGAAGGAGUUAAAAACAGCCUGUGCUCAGUAUGGGCCUACUUCUCCUUAUACUUUAACCAUCUUGGAAACUAUAGCCUCAGAGACUCUCCCACCUAAUGAUUGGAGAGCUAUUGCCAAGGCUUGUUUAUCAGGAGGAGAUUAUCUCUUGUGGAAAUCAGAAUAUGAUGAAAAGGCUAAGGAACAAGCUGCUCGUAAUCGAGCUGCACAAGUUAAUAUUUCUUAUGAAAUGCUGGUAGGAGAAGGAGACUAUGCUGAUACCCAUAAUCAAAUUCAAUACCCUCUGGAAGCUUAUGGACAAAUUAAUGGGGCUGGGAUCAGAGCCUGGAAAAAGCUUCCCACCUCUGGUCAAAAAACAGAGGAGCUCUCAAAGAUUAUUCAAGGGCCAGAUGAAAAGUAUCAGGAUUUUGUCUCUCGGCUAUUACAGGCUGUUGGCCGAGUAGUGGUGGAUGGAGAGGCUGGCAUAUUAAUAGUUAAGCAGUUGGCGUAUGAAAAUGCUAACGCUGCCUGUCAAGCUGCAUUAUGGCCCUAUCAAAGAAAGGGGGCUCUCUCAGAUUAUAUCCGCAUUUGUGCAGAUAUUGGUCCCUCAUAUAUACAAGGAGUCGCUAUUGCGGCCGCAUUAAAGGGAACCACCAUUGAGGGAAUUCUUCAGCAACAGUUCAGCACAGGGAGAGGUCAGACAUACAAGUGUUUCACUUGUGGAGGAACAGGACACAUGGCAAAACAGUGUCCCUCUAAUAAAGGGGUUAAUAAAGGAAAUGGCAGAGGUUUCAAACAACCUGGACUGUGCCCUAAAUGUAAAAGAGGAAAACAUUGGGCAAAUGAGUGUAAAUCUAAGACAGAUAUCCAGGGAAAUCCCUUGCCUCAGCAGCAGUCGGGAAACACCCGAGAGUGGCCAGCUCAGCACCAGCAAAUAAUGGAGGCACUAUCUGUUUACCUUCCUGCCCCUGAUGCGCAGCAUCCAGCCUGCCCCAGGAGCAAAACGAAUACAGGAGUUAUUCCGAGCAACCCCCUGAAGUGCCGGGUUGGACCUUGGACCCAUAAAGCGAUAUGUAUUAACUCCAGAAUUGGGACCACAAGCCAUCCCUACAGGGGUAUAUAG